AUGGCGCUUCCAGAUCCACCAACGUGGAUUGAUGCGAGGCCUGUUGGAGGGACAUUUGCAGUCCUUCGAUGGAAAGCUCACAAAGUUAGCGAGAUUGAAUCCUACACGCUAACUGUGGAAUCAAAGGAGAAACGAGUUGGAUCGUUGAUGGAACUUCGAAGACAGAUCACGGAUAUCGUUACCAAGGGCUUUCCUACCUCUCUCAGUGACGACUCCCAAAUUGUCACAUAUAAUGUUACUGACCUCUCUCCCUAUACGACGUACAAAGCGACAGUCCAAGCUGUAAAUCGAAAAGUUGGACUUUCGUUGCCAAGCGAUGAAAUGGACUUCCAAACUGCUGAAAUUCCUCCUGGAGAGCCUCCGCAGGAUAUUCGAAUGCGAGUCAGCGGUCCAACAUCCCUGGAAAUAAGCUGGGACGCUCCUCAACUUACAAAUGGAAAAAUUUUGGGUUACAAAGUCUACUACACUACCCGAAAAGCCUUUCCACUCAGUGCUCGGCAAGCGAAACGAACUCCGAAUCAAAAAAUUCGACUUGAUGACCUCCUUCCAAAUGCCACCUACAUCGUGUCAAUUAGUCCUUACAAUGCGGCUGGUGAUGGGCCUAUGAGUGAUGACCAUUAUUGUCUGAUUUUACCUGGCGAUUAUGAAACUCAUUUGUAA